AUGGCAGAUGUCUUAGGAACAGUCCUUGGGGUGGUGUCCCUAGGGCUUCAAGUCGGCGCCAGCAUCAGCAAUUAUCUCGAUGGAGUCCAGUGCCGCAAAGAAGACAUGGAGUACACAACGAGAUGUUGCAAGUCUAUGAACUCUUUGUUGCAACAGAUCAAGUCACUUCAGUAUCAACUUACCGGCGUGAAUAUCACCGCUGUUAGAGAGGCGAUGACGACAGCGGAGGUCGAACUUUCCAUCCUCGGCAACUUUGUUGAAAAGAUACGGGCCGGGAAUAAUGCCAACUACCCUAAUCCGAUCAUGAAGAGGGCAAAGAAACAGAAAACGAAGCUUCUGUAUCCUUUUCAGAAAGAUCAUCUCUAUCGACUCAACGCGCAGUUGGAUGCCGCCAACAGAGCUCUUCAGGCGGCCUUGCUACAGGUCCAGUUAUACCCGUUUCAUUUGUACAUCUACCUCUCAUUAACACCUUUGGACACUCUUGCGCAGAACGUGGGCGCGCUCGAUAUCCUUUUGCCGGAUGAUAGCGUAACUCCGCUGAUUCUACAAGAUGCGAAAAUGCCCCCUCAAAACUGCGACGCAGAAGCAAUGCAAGCUUUCAGAAGGGCGUCUGCUAUAUCAUUGAAGAUGAGGAAAGCCUACGAAGGCCACCUCAUGGGAGCCAUCGUCCGACAAAACAAAACGAUGCUGCUCGACAUCCUCAAGAAAGAUGCCAACAUGUCAGAGUUGUCCGAGAUGGACCCAUACGGCCAGAAGAUGCUGAAUUAUCUUGUGGGAUGGCCCGAAGGCCUACAGAUCAUGGUCGAACACUGUGGCCUUGCCAGCCUCCAGCUACUCGAUCAAAGUCAGUCCACUUUACUUAGCAGCGCUCUCAGCUGGAGUGGGAAGAUAUGCAUAGGCUACAGCCCGCAGGGCUGUUCGGAUGACUGCCCAUGCGCAAACGCCGUUGAUCUACUCGUGAAAGCCGGAAAGGACUCUUCACUCCAAUUCAAUUUGCAUGACAACUGGGUAAAUGCAAUGCUAGGCGCUUCGGUCAAGGCAAGAGACCUGAUCAUAGACGAGCUCAAAAUUCGCAGGGAAGAGCUGAAACAUCUGGGACUCAUGCACUUAACCUGCGAUCAAAUCGAUCGGAUGGACCUCAAGAAAAAGACGGUUCUCGACUACUACACCAGGCAAGUCUUGGAAGCACUCGAUGCGAAAGGCGUUAAUGUUCAUCCCCGUUGUCGAACGGACUUGCACGCCACAGAGUGGCACUUGGGGGUCACAUCCAACGAGCCGAGUGACAAGAUAUGGCGCAAGGGUGCGUCUGUCUAUCACAUUCUGGGCUAUGCAAAAAUCAGCGGGUAUUCCAUUGGUGCCUGUGAACUAGCAGACUCCCUCUAUGCCAAGGGAUUCGGCGACAUCGAUCUCCCGGACAUCAACGGUUUGGCCCCUUUAGCCGUAAAUAACUUUGCGAAGGACAACAGCUCCUUCCACUUGCUGCACCGCUUUUUGGAACGCUAUGGCGUGUUGAUGCCGACCUUUGAUCCAAGAGACAUCUGCAAUUGUGGAUGCUCCGUUGGCGGCUGCAGUCCUUACAACUCAAUGUGGAAGACGGCCCUGGAAAAUUACAAAAGGUCCGUUUAUGCAGGGGACACGGUGCACAUGAUGAACUUUGUCCGUGAGCGGACUCUGGAGAUGGAAGCAACUUUUGAUUUCCCGCGGCACAUCAAGCAAACAUGGCUGCGGGCGUGCACCUUUGCCAUGCUGCCCCUUCGCCAUACCUGCUGUUGCGAUGGCUUCCAAGAACACGACGAUGAGGGAAUUCUUGAAAUCUUGGAAGAAGACGAAGGGGAUCUUGAAUCCUUCGAGGUUCUCAUGGUUGAGCUUGAUAGGAGAUGGGAAGAGUUGGGCUGCUCUUUGGCCGAGUUCUAUCGGUUACAUUGGAUCGACAGAAUGGAUGAGGUGCUUCGUCAGAUGGACGAACGAAUGCUGACAGCCGAGGAUAUACAGAAUGUCAAGAAGCUGGGUAUCGAUCUGGCAGUCCAACCGGAGCCUUUCACGCGGGAAAAAGGUUCCUAUGAGAACAAAGGCUCUGGAGUAUUGGUGUCAGCGGAUGGAUGCGUUGGUUGCGUAAGGGCAACAAUGGAAUUGUACUAUUCUGUGGAAAUUCAGGUAUUUCCGAUAAUGGUCAGCAAAGCAAAGUAA